AUGGACAAGAUUGAUGCGGUGGAGAAUGAAGCUCGCAUGAUACGUGGGGAACUGUACCACGCUUUUGAGCCAACCAUCACAGCCAAAAGAAACAGGUGCCAUCACGCAUGCCACAGGUUCAAUCAAGCUGGCGAGGCAUCCCGGAGAGAGCUUGUGAGACUAUGGAGAGAUGUGAUCGAUGACAAGACACCCAUACCCCCACCAGGAGCGACUGAUGCCGAGGAGGCUCUUCUGUUCAAGGACGAUGCUUAUAUCGAUGGUCCUAUCAAGGUCGACUAUGGAACCAAUCUUCGAAUCGGCAAGGGUGUAUACAUCAACUUCAACUGCACAUUCCUUGACACCUCCAUAAUCACAAUCGGUGCUCGUACUCUCAUUGGCCCAGGUUGCUCCUUCUUCGCCGCAACCCACCCUCUCGACCCAUUCCUCCGUAACGGCAUCAAUGGACCAGAGCUCGGAGGUGCAAUCACAGUCGGCGAGGAUUGCUGGUUUGGUGGAAACGUUACCGUGUGCCCAAAUGUCACAAUCGGUCGGGGUGUCACUGUUGGUGCUGGAAGUGUCGUGACCAAAGAUGUUCCUGCGUUCCAUGUGGUUGCCGGAAACCCAGCUCGUAUCAUCAAGAAAAUCGAGCCUAAAGAGCCUGAUCCUACUUUGGAUUCCUCUGACGACAAAGGGGCAGUAGUGACGGCGGCUGAGCGGAUUUAA